GAUAUCAGAACUUUCGAAUUCAAAAAACAAUUUUUUAUGCCAAUUCAAACUGCAUAUGUUUUUCGGAAAUAUGGAGUGUGGAGUAAUUUUUUUUCGUAAAAUCUCAUCAGUCAAUAGUAAUGUAAUAAAAUAGAAAAAUGUUCAAUCUACUCGGUUUGUUCAACAGCGUAAUAUUUAUGUUUAUCAACCUAAUGGUCGGAUUAUACGUUUUCAGACGGUUCUUCGUAUCGAUGAGAUUGCACAGCAAAUUAGUCGCGGAAAUCGCCGAGUUUAAUCGCACGGUUGGAAGGUCACGAUCCUGUCUCGACUACAUCGGCCACAAAGUUUCGGACGCUAUGAAAGAGAUCGAAGGCGACAUCGAUAAGGAGUUGCAGAUAACGCAUCGUUUGACUAAACUCUCAUCUCAACUCGUAGACGUGAACAAGCGGUUCACCAAAUUGGAGGAAGAAGUGAUCGAGAUGGUGCGAACGGAUUACAAUAUGGAGAGUAUAAAAAUCGAGACACCUGCGGACAUAAACGACGAGGUUAAAAAAGUACUGAGCUUGAAACAGCCCGAUAAAAGGACGAGCUGCAAGCCCCAAAAGAAGCGUAAAUUUUCAACGACCACGCUCAACGGGGUGACCUUCAACAAUUCGAGUGCGCAAAAUAGUCAGUUGCAAAAAUUACCCUGCCUACCGUCGCUGACCGAGACGAUCGCCAAUCCUUACGGAAUUUCAUCGGACGACAAGUCCGAGGAGGACUCGGCGAAGCAUCGAACCGCCCCGAUCAAACCGGUGGUUCAAUUACUGAGGGAACAACGACCCGUCCCCGAGGCAAAACCAAUCGGUUUUCGUCCGUCCUGGAAAUGCAACGCUUGAAUAAUCGCGUUCGUCUCCGUUAUUUCGACGCACCUGCAGACACAGACGUCAAUUGCGGUUCUCCAACGCUUCGGGUUUCAUUCGAUUAGCCGUCUUCGGUUUCUCUUCACACACGAUCAGAAACUCACGCCGAUUCGAGUGAUUCCAGUUUUCUCAGAACGAAAAAAAAAACAAAAUUUUUCAAUUAAAUCAAUUCAAAUCAGUCGGUCAGUCCCUAUAUAUCGGUUUCGUCCAUCCCAUUUAUUGCGACUGUUAUAUUUUUAUUUACCUUGCAUAAAAACCUUGAGAAUAAACGAUGCGUAUCUCGAUGCACGCACGGACCACCGGCUGAAUAUCUUUUCUUUUUACGCUUCGCCUCUGCACGCUGGAAAAUAUCGAUAACCGUUGACGCCGUUCCGCUGUGCACCCAGAGGUGCCAAGGGUUCAAUUUUUAUCGGGUUAAUAUUACACGGUCCCGGCGGUGUGGGAUGACGAGUUUUUUGUUUUUUUUUCUCCUUCUUCUUAUUUAUCGUUUUUUCAUUUCUCAAAGCGUCCCCGUCACGCCUGUGAAAAAUAAAAAAAAGAUCGUAUUUUUUUUUUUCAACGUCGUACGAGAAUAAUUUCGCCACUCCGUGGAAAACGCAUCUAACAUUUGCACACGUGUAUUCGUCAAUGACACGGGUACGUGACUGCUUAUGGGGUAAAUUUAGGUCGGUCGUUGAAGCUUGCAAAUUGUGUUAUACAACCGUUUGAAUAUAACCAUUAUUGAGGUAGCUUCAAAGGACGUAUUUACCGAUAAUUAUAUACUACGUGUGUGCGGCUCGUGUAU